CAGUCGCACACUGUCGAGAUGCCUGUUGAUGUCAAGGAUGCCUUGCGCAAGUUCAGGUUCAAAAAGGCGACGGCAACCACUGCUAUAUCAAUAAAGAUCAUCAAGGCCAAAUUGACGAUGGCAGUCGAUGAGGAAUUCUCAGAUCUGAGCAUUGAGGAGAUUGCGGAAGAGUUACCAGAGAACUCCCCGCGCUACGUGAUCAUCUCACAUGAGCUGAAACAUCGGGACGGGCGGAUAUCUCAACCUUUGGUCCUGAUCAACUGGCAAGUCCACUCAUUACCUUUGCCCAAUAGUAUGGGCGGCUCACCAACCGAUCUCAUGACGCUUCACGCAUCUUCACUGAGCUACUUUCAACAAACAGCAGAGGUGGCAAAGGUCGUGGAGGUCCGAGAUGGAGCAGAAGGGCUGACGACGGAAGUGGUAGACGAGCGACUGUUAGCGGCGUAA